AUGACAACGGAGGCCGUUUUGCGUCUCGUCCUAACUCGGGAGAUGACCAUGGAAGGGGUAGACGAGGAGGAUUUCGAAGGGGUGGGACCAGAGGACAAGGCAGAGGAGGUGCUACGGGUGGAGAUAACGUCAUGGGGAGAAGACAGAACAGGAGGGAAGGAAGUCGUGAUAGAGGAGACGCCACGAUGGCUGACAGAUUCGGGGGAGAUAACUUUCCAAGAGGAGGAAGGGACACUGAAGGAGCGAGAGGAAGGGGACAUGAUGGAGAGAGGGGAGAUGGAAGGAAAGUUGAAGUCGAAAGAGGCGGUAACAGAGGAGGCCCAUUCCGCCAGCGCUACAACGACAGGCAACAAGCCGGACAGCGAGGCGAUCGGCCUAGAGGCCGUGGUCAACGAGGGGGCCACAUGGAUCAAAACAUAUGGACAGACCCAAGGUAGAUACCCCAAGAACCAAGGUAACUUCAGACCGCUUAGUUCCAGACUGCUCAGAGAAAUACUCGAAAAAGACCCUUCUGAGGCCGCUACAGAACUUGGGUCCCUGACAGGAAACCUUCAAGCCGGUCUCAAUGAAGACUCGAUGGAUGAGGUACGACAACAUCUCAUUUGGAAGGCUCUAGCAUUUAUUUGCGGAGCUCUAGGUGCAGAACAAACAGUGAUCAUGCUCCUGACAAUGGCCCUCGACUCCAAACUCUGUCGUCAGCAUUUACUAACGUUUUUGACCAAUCUCAGGCGUCCAAGAGAGAACAUCGACGCAAGGCGGUUAAAUCUUUUGAAGAAUGUCAUCACUGUCUUCCACUCAGCCAUGCAAAGUUUGCCAAGCCGUGCUUCAGAUCUCAAAGUUGCAGUCACUCUCAUCUCCGAUGCUGUAGCAGACAUGGACGAAGACGACAAACGUGAUGACAUCAUGGAGUCAAUAAAGUCGUUGAAUAGUCACAUUAAGGACAUUGAAAAAGAAAGGGAAAAGAAGAGACAGAUGGAUCGCAUUUCUAAGAACCCACCCCCUGACGACUUCCGCCAGCAAAACAUUCUUCCCACUGUCAAGGAAUUGCAACCCGGAUAUCAGCCGUUUCUCCGCCCUCAUCUGACGAGAGGUGUAUAUGCCGAUGCAGAUCACUACCUGGAUGUUCAGUUCAGACUCCUGAAGGAAGACUUCAUCUUUCCUCUUCGCAAUGGGAUAUCAGAGUACCUAACUUUCAAGAAGGCGAACCCUGACAGACGGGCCAAACUUCAGGAUGUGCGAAUCUACGAGGAGGCUCACUACGAAAAAUCUGUCCGUGAUUUCUCCGGAAUUUCACAUUACUUGUCUUUCAAGAAGUUACCUCGUGUCCGAUGGCAAUCGACAAAACGACUCAUGUACGGAUCAUUGCUCAUUCUAUCAACGGAUGAUUUUAAGUCCUACAUAUUUGCUACAGUGGCCAAACGGGAGGUAGCAGAUCUAGAAAAGGGGUUAGUAGCCAUAGCAUUGGUCGACCGAGAAGAUGAAGAUACAUCAUGUCUACUAAAUAAAAGUUUUGUGAUUGCAGAGUCAUCUGUCUUCUUUGAAGCUUAUCGCCCAGUUCUCCUGGGUCUCCAGCGAAUGUCUGGCCCAUGCUUGCCGUUUUCCCAGUACACUUUGAGCAUGAUUCAUGAUGUAAAGCCACCCAAGUAUCUCCAAGAUCAGAUGGUAACUGAAGACGAUGAAAUGUUCAUCUAUCCACGUAGCAUCGAUAUCUCACCUCUGCUGAAAGGCAACCGACGAUGCUCUCCAAUAGUCACCGUGCUUCACGAUGGUGCUUGGCCAGAUAUUGACGAUGUACAGCUCGACCAAUCACAAUAUGAAGCUGCCAAGACUGCUCUCACCAAAGAACUUUCUGUCAUACAGGGUCCACCAGGUACCGGCAAGACGUACAUAGGUCUAAAGAUCGUAGAGACUCUUCUCCUCAACAGAGAAGUCUGGUCAAGUGAAGAAAACCCUAGCCCAAUCUUACUUGUGUGCUACACAAAUCAUGCACUGGAUCAGUUUCUGGAGGGUAUCUUAACAUUCCAUGACACUGGCAUCGUUCGAGUUGGAAGCCGUAGCAAGAGUGAGCAGUUGCAGUCCUUCAACCUUAAUCGGAUGGUCGGUCGGAGGGGAAUAAACGAUGAAGAGUACGUUCAGCGAAGGGUUCGUCAUGUCAAGAAAGAAGUUGACGCUACAAGGAGACGAGUGGAGAGAACGCAAGCCAGGAUAGAGGGUGCAAGAAAUGGGAUCAUCAACGAGUAUGAACUAGGCCCUUUUAUGUCAUGGCAGCAUUACAACAGCCUCCUGCGUCUUUCCCAUCUGAAAGAGUCAAACUCCUGGCUUGUAGAUUGGCUUCUCUGUGAGCGUCAUAAUGACAGGGAUUGGAACCAGCAAGAGAAACGGGAUACGCUAGAACAGAGAGAUAACCUGCAAGAAGAUGAGAAGGAAGAAACCACAAAGCAUGUUCCUGUGGCAAAUGAAGCAACAGUCGAGGUAGAAUAUGAACGAAGUGCCAUCGAGUCUGAAAGAAUGCUUGAUGACGAAUAUGGUGUGGAAGAUUCUGAUGAAGAGGAAGACGAAGACUAUCCUUUCCUAGGCCUUGACUUAAAUGUUCUGAACAAACCAGAGCACGGUUUCUUGCGGAGGUUCAUCCAAAGGAAGAUGUCUGGCAAAGAUGUCAUCGAUCCACGUGCUCUUCAAUCGAUUAUGGAUGUCUGGAGUAUGCGUCCAAAUAAUCGAUGGGCACUCUACCAUAUUUGGUUGCAAAACUACCUCCAUCACUUGAAAGGGAAACUGCAAGCAUAUGACCUCAAAUUCAAGCAACUUUGUGGUCAGCUAGAUGAGGCAAAAGGCGUAGAAAAAUACCAUGUCCUUCGACAGGCAACUAUAAUCGGUAUGACUACAACUGGAGCAGCUAAUCACCAACAGGUUUUGCAGAGAGUCCGGCCAAAGAUCGUAGUAGUAGAGGAAGCAGCUGAGGUACUGGAGGCACACAUCACCACGGCAUUAAAUGCAUCAUGUCAACAGCUCAUUCUCAUUGGAGAUCAUCAACAACUUCGUCCGAAACCGAACGUGUUCCUCCUGGCCAAGAAGUAUCAUCUGGACGUUUCAUUGUUUGAAAGACUUAUCAACAAUGAAUUUCCUUACUCACAGCUUGAGCUGCAACAUCGGAUGCGUAUCGAGCUUUCGGGUCUGAUGAGAAGGCACUUCUACGACAACCUUCAUGAUCAUGACACGGUGAAGCGAUACGAAAGUGUGAAAGCAGUUCAAAAGGAUAUCUUCUUUCUAGAUCACGCAGAACCAGAAAAUGAAAUGGAAGAUACACAGAGUCACUACAAUCUCCACGAGGCCGGACUCGUAGUAGCGUUGUGUUACUACUUCCUGCAGCAGGGGUAUGAACCUGAUAAGAUUACAAUCCUCACAGCUUAUACAGGUCAGCUACUGAAAAUCAAGCACAUGAUGGAUCGGAGCAAGUUUGAGGGAGUCAAAGUUACCUCAAUAGACAACUACCAGGGAGAAGAGAAUGAUAUCAUUCUUCUGUCAUUUGUGAGGAGCAACAAUCAUGGGCGCAUUGGAUUCUUGGGGAUUUCGAACCGAGUCUGUGUCUCCUUGUCAAGAGCAAAGAAAGGGCUCUACUGCGUUGGAAACUUCACCCUCUUUGCAGAAAAGAGUGAGCUAUGGAAGGGAAUAGUGAAAGAUCUAGAAGCAAUGGGAUCUAUCGGAGAUUCCCUUACGCUGCAAUGCACCAUUCAUUCAGAGGAGAGGACAGCGGUGAAAACUGCCGAUGACUUCAAGAAGGUACCACUAGGAGGAUGUAGUAGAGACUGUGAUACCAGGCUUGAUUGUGGACACGUCUGUCGAUUAAAGUGUCACCCAACGGAUCUAAAGCAUCUCAUCUACAAGUGCAAGGCUCCUUGCUCCAAGGUUAUCUGUGAGAGAAACCACAAAUGUCCAAAGCUUUGCUCAGAUCUUUGUUCGACCUCUUGUUCAGUCAUUGUGGAGAAGAUCCUGCCCUGCCGUCAUGUCUGUAAAACGGAGUGUAAGACCGAUAUUUGGUCCAUCACAUGCGAGGAAAAGGUUGACAAAACUUUAAGUUGCUUACACGUCCAUCUUCUCCCAUGCCACAUGCCAACUGAGGGACUUGAAAAGAAGUGCAAAGUCCUUACCAAAAAGGAACUACAGUGUGGCCACAGAAAGGUGUGGGGUGGAUUGCACUGA